UUGAGGCCUAACCAGAGUCUUGGGUUGACGUGUGAAGCGAUGCCCCUCUCGAGGACCAGAUCACUGAUCGCUAACAUAAACGGAGUGCCGAAUGAGUCGUUUUUGCCACAAAUCUCGGACAAGACUAAUGGCGUCAACAUUAACGGCGCGGUUCUGUUGCCGCCCAUCACUAAGACAUUCACUUUCGACGGAUUCAAGGCGUCGAGUAGAGAGACGGGCGCUGACUCCCAGUCCCUUCAGGCCUUCGACGAGCAGCCCAUGCAUACGAAUGGCGAUGCGGUGACACUCCCGCGCGCGGCCGUUGCCAACAACCAGUUGUCUGAAGUGAGUCCCACCUCAGGCUCGGUGUCCAACGAGGAGAUGGACAAGAGUUCGUCCGUCAGUGCGAACGGAGUGAAGUCGAAGCCUCUGGUGGUGACCCCCGAGCAGGUGAUGAAGCUGUACGCCUACAAACUGACGCCCUAUGAGCACCACGAGGUGUUCGGCUACUCCCAGAUCUACUUCAUCGGCGCCAACGCCAAGAAGCGUCAGGGAGUGAUCGGCGGUCCCAACAACUGCGGCUACGACGACGAGCACGGGUCGUACCUCCACGUCCCGCACGACCACAUCGUCUAUCGCUACGAAAUGCUCAAAAUCAUCGGCAAAGGCAGCUUCGGUCAAGUGAUCAAAGCCUAUGACCAUAAGAGCCAGCAAUACGUGGCCUUAAAGAUGGUGCGCAACGAGAAGCGCUUCCACCGUCAGGCGCAGGAGGAGAUCCGCAUUCUGGACCACAUGCGGAAGCAGGACAAAGACAACGCCAUGAAUAUCAUCCAUAUGUUCGAGAACUUCACAUUCCGGAACCACAUGUGUAUCACUUUCGAGCUCUUGAGUGUCAAUCUCUACGAACUCAUCAAAAAGAAUAAGUUCCAGGGAUUCAGCAUUCAGUUGGUGCGCCGGUUCGCCUACUCUAUACUCAGGUGUCUGGAGGCGCUGUACAACAACAAGAUCAUCCACUGCGACCUCAAGCCCGAGAACGUACUGCUCAAACAACAGGGCCGGUCGGGCAUCAAAGUGAUCGACUUUGGCAGCAGUUGCUUCGAGCACCAGCGCGUCUACACCUACAUCCAGUCCCGCUUCUAUCGCGCGCCCGAAGUGAUUCUCGGCGCCAAAUACGGAAUGCCUAUCGAUAUGUGGAGUCUGGGCUGCAUUCUGGCGGAGUUGGCCACCGGUUACCCACUGCUGCCCGGGGAGGACGAGUUCGAUCAGUUGGCCUGUAUUAUAGAACUGCUGGGAAUGCCUCCACAGAAACUGCUCGACCAGUCCAAGAGAGUCAAGAACUUCAUCAGUUCCAAGGGUUACCCCCGUUAUUGCACUUCGACGCCACUGUCCGACGGAAGUGUAGUCAUAAACGGUGGCCGUUCGAGACGCGGCAAAAUGCGAGGCCCGCCCGCCUCUAAGGAGUGGUCGUCCGCUCUCAAGGGUUGUGACGACGAGUACUUCAUUGACUUUAUUAAGAAGUGUCUCGAAUGGGAUCCGUCGACGCGAAUGACUCCCUACACAGCUCUGAGGCACUCGUGGCUGACCCGCCGCCGACUGCCCCGACCCCCACAAAACAGUGAUAACUCGGCUGUGAGUGAGUCGUCACCCGUGCGACUGCACCACAACUACCACUCAAACAACAAUAACAACAACUCAUUGGUGACCACCAAUCGGGUCCGCAAGUCAAUGGUCGAUGAGGUGCUGUUGGGCGAGAGUGACGGCACAUACCUGACCCGCAUCUGGGACCCCAACAACCCCGACACCAAGUCGUACGACUCGAACAGCUCAACACUGGGCCGCAAACCAGAGCACAGGAAUCGCAGCAAAGACUCGAACAACCGUUUAGUGAAUACCAUAAACAAUAAGUUACACAAAGAGAAGGUGCGGACCGACGACUCGGUGUCGGCCGCCAAUGGCCGCAACUGGACUAACGAGGGUUUUGUCUCCACGGUUAUCCGAUUCAAAUGA